AUGGCGAUCGACAUGAGCACCAUCCCGCUACCCUACGACGUCGUGUUCGACAUCCUAUCCCGUCUGCCGCUGAAGCCCGUCUGCCGGUUCCGAUGCACGUCCAAGGGGUGGCGCGGCCUCAUGUCCAGCCCCGUCUUCGCCGCCGCGCACAGGUCCCGGCACGGCCCGCUCCUCGUCGACACCGGAUCCUUCCAAGAGGAAGAGCCAGAUGGCGGCCGCGACAUGCGUCUCUUGGACAUCAAGGGCAACAUCGUGAGGGUGAUCAGGGGUGCCGGCGGCUACGGCAUGACGUGCAACACGAGCCUCGACGACCUCGUCUGCGUCAACGGCGCCUCCUGCGGCGGCGUCAAUGUCGUGGAUCCGGCCACCGGGAAGGUGCUCCUGUCCUGCCCGCAAGUGGAAAUCAUAGAGCAUCACUCCUUCCCCUAUGCUUAUCAACGCUUCUACUUCACCUUCGGCUUCGGCCGUGCCAUCCCUUCCUCCGAGUACAAACUCGUCCGCUUCGUCGCCGACCAGGGCCGGAGUUGCGAGAUCUUCACGUUGGGAGACGGCAGGUGCUGGAGGCAAACGCAGCCGUCGCCGGUCAAGAUAUGCCAUGAGCGAGGCUCCCCCAUCGUCAUCGACGGUGUCAUGUACGUCUUUCAGGACCAGAGACUUUAUAACGACGACACUUUGCUCUGCUUUGACCUCGAGAGCGAGCAAUGGAAGGCCGAUGUGAUCCAAGGACCACUCAAAUUCGUUCAUGGUGAGAACACGGGAACAAUAGGGAUCCGCCUAACAGAGCUCAAUGGCGCCUUGUGUAUCGUACAAUCGGUGUUCAACCGUCUCCUGGAUCCAUUCACCAACAUAUGGAUCCUCGAUAAUAAAGAUAAGAGAAGCUGGAGCAAAGCUUACACGAUUACAAUGGCGCCAUCUGCAUGCCGAUAUAUGCCGCUGUGGGUGAUGAGUGAUGGUGGAAAGCUGCUCUUGCACUGCUCUUUUGAUAAAGGAUGUGAUAAGAAUAGAAAUCAUAAAGGAUGGUCCUUGGUGCUUCAGAUCUACGAUCCUCUCACCGAAACAUGCACAGACAUCCUGGGGACGCCAGACGACCUUGCCGGCAGAAUUGGCCUAUGUAGCUUUGGCUUCGACCAUUCAGCGUGCCAAAAGCUUGUAAAUUAG